AUGCAACCCAAGCCUCUCGCCAUCAUCGCCGGAGUCGGCUCAGGCCUCGGCUCCUCCCUAGCCCGCCGCUUCAGUAAAUCCUAUAUCGUCGUCCUCCUCGCCAGGAAAGCCGAGAGCUACCAACCUGUUCUCGAUGAGAUCAAAGGCUCCGGCGGCGAGGCGUUCGGCCACAAUACUGACAUUUCCGAUCCGAAGAGUGUCAAGGAUGCUUUCAGCAAGAUCGCAGAAGUGUACCCGACAUCUCAACUCGCAGUGGCGAUCUUCAAUGCGAGUGGGCCGUUUGUCAGGAAGUCGUUGCUGGAGGUGAAGGUAGAGGAGAUAGAUGCGGGGUAUGGGGUUAGUAUCCGCGGCGCCCUCCUCUUCGCCCAGAACGCAAUCCCCCUCCUCCUGGCAUACUCCUCAUCUCACCCCUCCUCCCCUCCAUCCCUCUUCUUCACAGGCUCCACCGCAGCCAUCAAACCCAACCCCUUAUCCUCCGUCAUCACGGUCCCACGGCACGGAUUGCGGGCCUUGGCCAUGUCGACUGCCAAGGAGUUCGGGCCAAAGGGGGUGCAUGUCGUGCAUUCGAUUGUUGAUGGAGCGAUUGAUACGCCUUGGGGAGAGAAGUUCUUGAAGGAUAAGGGGGAAGAGGAGAAAAUUGAUCCAGCGGCGAUUGCGGAGAUGUAUUGGGAUGCGCAUUUGCAGGGGAAGAGGGGGUGGAGUAAUGAGAUUGAUUGUAGGGCUUGUGGGGAGAAGUGGUAG